AUGUCGGCUCCCAAAUCCUCAACCUCUUGCAAGGUGAUGCUCUCGAAGCAUGUAGCCAAUGUGCUGCUUGAGGAGGUCCAAGAAGGCCUUAAGACCCUUGAGAAGCCGCCGCAUUUGGUUGGUUUCCUCGCGAACAAUGACCCCGCGGCACUGAUGUAUGCGCAGUGGACGCAAAAGACUUGUGAAGAAUAUGGCUUCAGGUAUUCCCUUCGCGAGGUCUCCCGCGACGAGAUCGAGGAGGCCAUCAUCGCUGCCAAUGCGGACGCCGACGUUGACGGUAUUAUCGUCUAUUACCCUAUUUUCAACAACCGACAAGACCAAUACCUCCAGCAGAUCGUCGAUAUCAGCAAGGAUGUCGAAGGUCUCAGUCACCAAUACAUCUUCAACAUGUACCAGAAUAUCCGUUAUCUGGACCCCGAGACCAAGCGUCAAAAAUGCAUCCUGCCAUGCACCUCGCUCGCCAAUAUCAAGAUUCUCGAGUACCUCAACAUCUACAACACCAUUUUGCCCUAUGGAAACCGGUUACAUGGCCACACAAUCUGUGUCGUGAAUCGCUCCGAGGUCGUCGGUCGCCCCUUGGCUGCGUUGUUGGCCAAUGACGGUGCCUGUGUGUACAGUGUCGACAUCACUGGCAUCCAAAAAUUCACCCGUGGUGAGGGUCUCAAGAAUCGCCGUCACGAGGUUGUCGACAUGGAGGGUGCGACAUUGAAGGAUGUUGCUCCACUGUGUGACGUUGUCAUCUCUGGCGUGCCUGGCGACAAGUACAAGUUCGAUACCAGCCUCCUCCGUGAAGGUGCGGUCUGCAUCAACUUCAGCAGCGAGAAGAACUUCGGUCCUGAGGUCAAGGAGAAAGCCUCCAUUUUCGUACCCUCGAUUGGCAAGGUGACCAUUGUGGUCUUGCUGAGAAAUCUACUGACGCUGACACCAACACCUAACAACCAGAGACUCGUCCAAAACCGCCGCAUGGACAACGUGAAACCCGCUGCCGCUACCGAGCGACCUGGUACUCUGGAAGCCAACUCCUGA